AUGCAAAUCUUCGUGAAGACUCUCACCGGCAAGACUAUUACCCUCGAGGUCGAGAGCAGCGAUACUAUUGACAAUGUUAAGGCCAAGAUCCAGGACAAGGAGGGGAUUCCUCCUGACCAGCAGCGUCUGAUUUUCGCUGGCAAGCAACUGGAGGAUGGCCGUACUCUUGCGGACUACAAUAUCCAGAAGGAGUCUACGCUUCAUCUGGUACUUCGGCUUCGCGGUGGCAUGCAAAUCUUCGUGAAGACUCUUACCGGCAAGACCAUCACCUUGGAGGUUGAGAGCAGCGACACGAUUGACAACGUUAAGGCGAAGAUUCAGGAUAAGGAGGGGAUCCCCCCUGACCAGCAGCGUCUGAUUUUCGCCGGCAAGCAGCUCGAGGACGGACGUACGUUGGCCGACUACAACAUUCAGAAGGAGUCGACUCUGCAUCUGGUGCUUCGCCUCCGCGGUGGCAUGCAGAUCUUCGUGAAGACUCUUACCGGGAAGACGAUUACUCUGGAGGUUGAGAGCAGCGACACCAUCGACAACGUGAAGGCGAAGAUCCAGGACAAAGAAGGCAUUCCGCCUGACCAGCAGCGUCUGAUUUUCGCCGGCAAGCAGCUCGAGGAUGGCCGCACUUUGGCUGAUUACAACAUCCAGAAGGAGUCCACCCUCCAUCUGGUGCUUCGCCUCCGUGGUGGUCAGUAG